AGGGGUCAAUGUUGUCGGGGUCACUGGUCGGUACCACGUGGGGACGUAAAACCGGCGUUUACAAUGGACAAUUGAUACUUCGCGCGUCAUAUACGUUAAAGUUGAGACACUUUUAGGGCUAAAUAGUUGUGUGUAUUGAGGUCUAACUGCUUGUGAAAGUAGACUAGUGUUUUGUCAACUCCAGCACACUAGGAAGUGAAGGACGUGGUUAACCUGUUUUAAAAAAAGCUUUCGCACAAACUUCGAGAGGUGGUGUAACUGGCUCGGUUUAAAUGUACCAACACGGUAUUCACCAACUAUCUUGGAGCUGUCAUAGACGACGGUAGUCGGUCUACUCUGAACUCUCACUAAAAUGUAACAGAAAUACGUGUCUGGAUUUGUUUUCACCAGCACGUCGUUGAAUUAAACGUAAACUACAAUAUGAGCCGCGGAAAAUCCUCUUUGGUUGAUGGCGAAAUCAACGACAAUGAAAAUGUGUCCGAUUUGGAAAAAAAUAAAAUGUCGUUGUCUGCCGGUGACAGCGAGGAGAUGCGCCUGGAGAACAAUAUACAACUCAACCGGAACGGUGACGAUACAACCAAAACGAUACAACUAUACAAGCGGAGAUGGUUCAUCGUGCUGCUGUUCAGUUCGUAUUCUCUCUGUAACUCGUUUCAAUGGAUCCAGUACGGAAUUAUCAACAACAUUUUCAUGCGGUUCUACGGGGUAGAGUCUUUCACUAUAGAUUGGAUGUCUAUGAUCUACAUGUUGACUUACAUCCCCUUCAUAUUCCCGGUCACCUGGUUACUGGAUAAGAAGGGUCUCCGUAUUAUUGCGCUGGUGGCUACGGCCAUGAAUUGUGCGGGGACUUGGAUCAAGGUGACAAGCGUGAGACCGGAUCUGUUUGCGGUGACCAUGCUCGGACAGUUCUGUUGCUCCCUUGCGCAGGUAUUUAUCCUCGGGAUGCCGUCGAAGAUCGCCUCGGUGUGGUUCGGAUCGGAGGAAGUGUCCACCGCUUGCUCCAUCGGGGUCUUUGGAAACCAGUUGGGUAUAGCCAUUGGGUUCCUGGUCCCUCCCAUCCUGGUGCCUAACGUUGAGGACAUGGAUCAGCUGGCCUAUCACAUCAGUAUCAUGUUCUACAUCACAGCAGGAGUUGCUACACUGCUCUUCCUACUGGUCGUCAUAGUAUUCCAGGAGCGUCCGGAGCUCCCUCCCACCCAGGCUCAGGCGACAGCUCGCUGCAUCCCUCCUGAACAGUACUCCUACACAGCCUCCAUCCUCAGGCUGCUCCGAAACAAACCCUUCCUCCUCCUCAUCCUCACAUACGGAUUGAACGUGGGCUGUUUCUAUGCUGUUGGCACACUACUGAACCGCAUGAUCAUCGAGCAUUACCCUGGUGAAGAGUUGAAUGCAGGGAGGAUAGGUCUCACCAUCGUUAUCGCUGGCAUGGUGGGGUCGCUGAUCUGUGGUAUCUGGCUGGACAGAACCAAAACAUACAAACAGACUACCCUGGCUGUCUACCUCAUGUCCUUCGUAGGGAUGUUGGUCUACGCCUUCACCCUCAGUCUGGGUCAUCUCUGGGUAGUCUUCCUCACCGCUGGAGCUCUGGGGUUCUUCAUGACAGGCUAUCUUCCCCUGGGCUUUGAGUUUGGUGUGGAGCUAACCUACCCAGAGUGUGAAGGCACCUCUUCAGGCCUGCUCAACUGCUCUGCACAGGUGUUUGGUAUCAUCUUCACUAUCUGCCAGGGGAAGAUAAUAGAUAACUACGGGACGCUGGCAGGAAACAUCUUCCUCUGUGUCUUCCUCUUCAUCGGAUCAGUCCUUACAGGCUUCAUCAAGUCAGACCUGCAGAGACAGAAGGCUAACCAGUUGGCCAAGGCAGCUGAGGACGGACUGCUCUCUGGACAGCAGCAGGGCUACGGGGCCACGGCUCUAAUCAAGAGACUGGACAGCCCUUCUGAUUCUUCUCAGACUUGAUCACUAACCCCCCCCUCCCUAACGCUUACACUCUUAGCUCGAACCUCAGACGAGCCAAAGGUCCCUUCAGAUCCCGAGGACGGGAACCUCCCUGCCUCCGCAGUCCUCGAAGGAACAAGGUUUUAGAGACGGACGAUCUGCUGGACACACACACACACACACACACACACACACACACACACAGUAAAUCACCAGCAUCUCCCACCCUGUGGAAUGUGAAGUUUUAGGGGAGGGGCACAAUCAGGAAGUGUUUACGACCACUUCCCUUUAACACUGUCCAAAAAGACAUCCAAUAUUUAUGCAACAACAAAUAUUAUUUCUGUAUAAUUUCUAGAUAUAUCUAAUCUACAAAAUGUUUACUGUCCAAAAUUAGCACAAAUAAUACUGUCGUUCUACAGUAUACACUGAGUAUAGAAAACAUGGUAACACCUGCUCUUUCCAUGACUGACUGACCAGGUGAAAGAUAUGAUGCCUUAUUGAUGUCACUUGUUAAAUCCACUUCAAUCAGUGUAGAUGAAGGGGAGGAGACUGGUUAAAUAAGAAUUUUUAAGCCCUGAGACAAUUGAGACAUGGAUUGUGUGUUUGUGCCAUUCAAAAGGUGAAUGGGGAAGACAACAUAUUGAAGUGUCGUUGAACGGGGUUUGGUAGUAGGUGUCAGACGCACCGGUUUGUGUCAAGAACUGCAAUGCUGCUGGGUUUUUCCAAGCUCAACAGUUUCCUGUGUGUAUCAUGAAUGGUCCACCACCCAAAGGACAUCCAGCCAACUUGACUCAACUGUGGGAAGCAUUGGAGUCAACAUGGGCCAGCAUCCCUGUGGAACGCUUUCAACACCUUGUCCAUGCCCCGAAGAAUUUGAGGCGUUUCUGAGGGCAAAAGGGGGGGUGCUAGCCUCAAAGUAUCAUUUAGCUUUUUUUUUUAAAGACCAAAUCUAAAGUUUUGAGGAUCCAGACACAAUUUUUUAUUUUGUAUAUAUUUUUUACUAACCCCAAUCCUCGUUGUGCAGUACAGGGGCUCUGGGGGGAAAAAAACGAACACAUGUGCCAAAAACAUCCAAAUGUGUCCUUUUAGAAAUCGUUAGACGUUGUACCGAUGAAAUUGUGUCAUUCUGAAUUUUUAUCCAAUACAUUAUAUUUAAUUUUGUAGCGACUGAAGCUUCACUUCUUUGUUCAUUCUAGCAGCAGACUAUACCGAGAAUGGAACAGCUGAUGGGGGAAAUGGCUUGAGUUGCACGAAAUGGAAUAUAACGUUUGCGGAUAAAGUUCGGGAAGGACACAAUGUCACGUAAAGACCUGCAGCUCUACUGAGCGCGUUUUCCAUUUCUAAAAGGACGUUUUUGGAGCGUGUUGGUUGUUUUUUUUUCAGAGCCCCCCCCCCGUACUACACAACGAGGAAGUGAAUCGCAGGUGUGGGUAAUUUUCUCAAAAACAAAUGUAAGAAAAUAGACUUAGUUGUAAAAAAUAAAAUAAAGCCAACUUGUCCUUUUUAAGGUUUCGGUUGCAUGGAAGCAUUACUAAAACUACCACAAAGACACGUGACAUCAGUUUUCAAUAUGUAGCCAUUGAGCUUGAUUGUUUUUGCUAAUCUUUUGUCGUUAACUUGUUUUGUUUAUUAAUCUUUGAAAGAAUACACAAAUAUCUUGGAGAAAUGUUUUUACAAAUACUGAUUUGAUUGUAAAAUUAGCAAUUGAUGACGUAAUAAAAAACAGCUGGGAGGUGCGUUAUGUUGUCGUGUCACACUAAUAAAGGGUAGAGUAUUUUUGUAAGAUAAUUUUAUACUACCUGUACCUGUAUUGAUUUCCCUCCCCGUCACUUUUCUAGAAACACAGAUUUAUAGUUGUGUAUAACAGUCCAUGUUGUUCUGUAAAUGUCUCAACUAUUUAACAAACAGGUCUGUUUUGUUGAAAUAAAGAAUGGUUUCCUAAAGGUA